AUUUCUCUCCCUUGCUAAUCGCUUUUCUAAAUUUACUGACAAAUGCACAUUAUUCCUGGGUGUGCUACGGUGACACGUAGGAGAGCAUGACGGUGCAGAUCGACCCAAUAAAGACAGGGUUUUUUUUUUUUUUGUUUGUCUUUGAACGUCUCAGGGCCUGACUGCCUUCUCUGCGGUACCGUCUGUCUGUCUGCCUGUCUGUCUGUCCAAAUGAAUGCCCGUCACCGCCAGACGGUCCCCUGGGAACCAGCGACCACGGUUACCUCCUCAUUGACUUUCAGAGUGCGUCUCAGUCUCAGUCAGGACACACACACGCACACACUCACGCACACUCUCCAUGGAGCCCUCAGUCCAGUUCAGGGUGUACCCUACCUCCUACCUGUUGACAGCUGCGAUAGGCUCCAGCACUCCUGCGACCCUUGUGAGGAUAAGCGGUGAAGAAAAUGGAGGGAUGGAUGAAGUGAGUGUAUUUAACUGAUGUAGAGUAUGUUUGAUGAGAGCCUGCAAAAAAAUGCCUCCAACAACACUACUCACAAAAAAAUAGAUAUCUUUGGUUGAAAUUUCAGGAAGAAUCUUAAAGGCCUUGUACAGCAUACAUAGGUGAUACUCUAAACAUUUGAAUGCAUAUUUCCAACUUUUCCACACAUCAUCCUGUUCAACAUUGCAUGAUGACCGGUGAGCAAAUCUGCCUCACAGUUCUGAGGAUAUGGGAUCAAAUCCGGCCUCACCUGCAUGGAGUGUACAUGUUCUACAUAUGCCUGCGUGGGUUUUCUCUGAGUGUUCAAGCUUCCUCCCACAUCCCAAAACAUGCAUGGUAGGUCCAUUGAAGACUCUAAAUUGCUCGUAAGUGUGAAUGUGAGCGUGAAUGAUUGUUUGUCGAAAUGGGCCCUGCAACUGGCUGGCGUCCAAUUCAGGGUGUACACUGCCUUCUCGCCCUGAGCCAUCUGAGUUAACUGCCAGCACGCCCAUGAUCCUACUGAGGAUCUGCGGUAUGGAAAAUGGACAAAUGUAUGCUGUUCUCUCACAGGACUGAAUGGAAAAUUUCACAACAGGUGAUGUUUUUUUUUCUUCCUUUUGUCUCCCAUGUUUACUUGUAUGCCUUUCUGUGACUCUUGCAGUCUUUCUGUAUCUCUGCAUCCUCUCAGUAUCACUGUUGCAACCUGAUAGCCAAUUUUCCAAAUAUUUUGUAAGUAGUUUAUAUUUUGUAUGACGGUACACGAGGACCACAUUAUGCUUGCUUAACUGUUUGUGAGCCUCUUCCCAUCUCCGAUCACGUGACUUCACUGAACCCAGGGCAGUGGUUAAAUCAGACACUGAAGGAGCUCAGAGGUGAAUCUGGAAGGAUUAACCACCGGUCAGCAUAGUUCACCCCUCUUGGUGAUCAAUGCCUACUGACUGCAAACAACUACGCAGUUACAGUAUACCUUAGGCACUUCACAACAUCACUUCGCAAUGGCGUCACUGACAGAAGAGCUGACCUGCUCUGUCUGCAGAGAUAACUUCAGUCAAUCUCACCCCCUUCCCUGCGGUCACAACUUCUGUCCUACGUGCACCCGCGAGGCCUGGGGCAAAGGUCAUUUUACAUGCCCCCAGUGUGUGGAGGAGCAUGGCGAAGUGCUGUGCGAUUGCUGCUCCCCAGAGGCGGAUGAAGGCCUGGUUCACUCGGCUGUCAAAACAUGCCUGAGGUGCGAAGUGUCACUGUGUGCAGAACACCUCCGGCAUCACAUGGAAAGACCUGCAUUUAGCAACCAUUUGUUGGUGAAUCCGCUCGGCGACCUGUCUCAGCGAAAGUGCCCCACGCACACAGAGCUACUGCGCUACUACUGUGCCGAUGAGAGGGCAUAUGUGUGCUGUGACUGUCUGCUCGAGGGAAGCCAUGUUCAACACAAAGUCAAGGGGCUGAAACAGGUGGAAGAUGAUCUUAAGGUUAUUCUCCAGACGCUGUUAGAGAAGUCAGAGGAGCAAGUAAACAAUGGAGAGCAAAUCCUUAAAGAGUAUGCUGACAUCGAUUCCACCAUUGCAGACUGCCUGAUGGAAGAAAAUACGCAAGUGGAGCGCCUGGGAUCAGACCUGCAGGUCCAAGUGGAGAAACUGGUUGCGGGGCUAAUGGAGAUCACUAAGAAGGACAGACAGCAAAUCCUUGAGCGUGUGCAUGAAGACUGUUCCAAAGUGAACGAGGACAUCAACCGGAUGACGAGCAUCCAGCACUAUUUGACCUGGCUGCUAGCAGAGACUGACCCAUUCCUGCUCAUUUGGGCCUUUCAGUCUGAUGACACAAAGUUACUAGAUGACCUAAGCAGUCCCCUUUUCACACCAGAACCUGUCAGUUUGGACAGGAAGCAUAUUUUGGAGGAAAUAGAGGGCAAGUAUCGAGAGUUUAUCACCGCCACCCUCCGCUGCCUCAGUGAACUCAAGAGAGAGCUCUUGACCAGUCCUCUGACUCUGGACCCCAACACAUCUCAUCCUCUUCUGAGCAUCUCCGAUGACCUGCGAUUAGUUACGAGGGUCAAAACACGUCUUACCUGUGCAGCUCACCCAGAACGCUUCGACCACUGGCCACAGGUCCUUACAGUUCAGAGUUUCUCGGCUGGGACUCAUUAUUGGGAGCUUGAAGCUGAAGGAUUCUGGGAUAUCGCCGUCUGCUACAGGAGUAUUGGACGGAAGGGGAAGGACGGCAAUUCCUUUGGAAACAACAUGUUUUCAUGGAGUUUGACCCAGCAACAUGACCGGAAACUGGCUGCCUGGCAUGACCGCAAGAAAACACGCCUCGCGUACAAAAUGACUGGCAAACGAGUUGCUGUUGCUGUGGACUACAGUGCGGGCACCAUCACGUUCUCUGAAGUGGGAACGUUGAGCAACCUUACUCAUCUACACACUUUCUGGACCACGUUCACAGAACCAGUGUCCUUGGGCUUCGGCCUUUAUAAAUCGGAGCGCAACAGCCAAAUUUCUAUUGUAAAAGUUUGAGAUGACUAAGGGAAGGUAAAGAACUAGGUCACAAUACUAAUGGAUCGUCAAAUCAUUUUUGUAGCCUCAUCUCGUCAACUUGUCAGAAUUGGGUUACAGAAAAUGGAAAAUGUUGUAUUCUGUGUAAUAUUAUAUAGGCAGAUAAAGGGAAUGAGAAAAAUAUUCUAAACUGUUAAACAUAAUUAAAAUACAAUGGGACAGCCCCCCCAAAAUGCCAUAAACAAACCUGACAGACUUUUGUUUGUUGGAAUUUCAUAAAACAUAUACUAAGUGAAUUACAUCAUUCCAUGCACAAGAUGUAGCCAUCAUAAAACCUUGAUUUACACAAGUAUAUAAAAAAGUUGAUUAUCACUGUAUUAUUUAAAAAAAGUAAAAUUCUGUAAAAAAAA